AUGAAUAAGAAUCACAACGGAAAUCCUCCAGGUUACCAAAAUCUCUGGACGAAUGGUCUGAUUUGUGCUUUCGAGUUUUGUCCAAGUCGUCGCAAGAUAAACAAAUACAACACAAGUGUUCAUCAAUCUGCAAAUUUGCCCCAAAUAAAUAAAGACCAAUUCGGUGUUAUUGGAGAAGAAGAACACUCGAGGAGUUUUUGGCGACCAAUUGGAUGGGAGAGGAUCUCUGGGCUUGUUAAGACUGUGGAAGUUGAUAGUGAUCGGUCAUUGCAGAACAUAGCCAUAGAUGAUGAAGAUGAAGCAACGGUUGCUGAGCUUGCUGUUCCUUACUGGGAACGACCACUUGCUGGUCCAACUUGGUGGUGUCAUGUAGACGCUAGUCAUAAAGGUAUUGUCUCGUGGUUGCGUAAUGCCAAGUGGUUACAUCCGGCUAUAAGCGUUGCUCUGAGGGACGAAAGUAAGCUGAUUAGUGAACGAAUGAAACAUAUUUUCUAUGAGGUUCCUGUUAGAGUUGCUGGUGGAUUGUUGUUUGAGUUGUUGGGACAAUCAGCUGGUGAUCCGUUUAUCGAAGAAGAUGACAUUCCCAUUGUCUUAAGGUCAUGGCAUGCGCAGAACUUUAUAGUGACUGCAUUGCACGUUAAAGGCUUUGCCUCGAACAUUAGUGUGUUAGGUAUUACAGAAGUCCAGGAAAUGCUUAUUGCUGGUGGAGCUUGCAUUCCGAGAACCGUUCAUGAACUAAUAGCACAUCUUGCAUGCCGCCUUGCACGCUGGGAUGAUAGGCUAUUCCGGAAGUAUAUAUUUGGUGCAGCCGAUGAAGUUGAGUUGAUGUUUAUGAACAAGAGAAUGUACGAGGAUCUAAAUCUGUUUACUAUAAUCUUGAAUCAAGAAAUCAGAAGGCUUUCGACCCAAGUUAUACGGGUAAAAUGGUCGCUGCACGCUCGAGAAGAGAUUGUGUUCGAGCUGCUUCAGCAACUAAAAGGAAAUACAACAAAAGACUUGCUAGAAGGAAUUAAAAAAAGCACUCGCGAUAUGAUCAAUGAACAAGAAGCCGUCCGUGGUCGCUUAUUCACUAUCCAAGACGUCAUGCAAAACACAGUUCGAGCAUGGUUACAGGACCGGAGCCUCACGGUUACACACAACCUCGGAAUCUUUGGAGGAGUUGGUAUGUUGCUUACAAUAGUGACUGGUCUAUUUGGGAUCAACGUAGAUGGCAUACCAGGAGCUCAAAAUUCUCCACAAGCAUUUGCACUAUUCUCAGCCGUUCUCUUCUUCUCGGGUUUGGUGCUAGUGGUCGCAGCUUUGCUCUACCUUGGACUCAAGGAGCCAAAGACGGAAAAGAACGUGGAGAUUAGAAAACUAGAGCUUGACGAAAUGGUGAAGAAGUUUCAACGAGAAGCUGAAUCUCAUGCUCAGGUCUGUAAAAAAGAUCCUCAUAACAUAGAACUUGCGGCUAGUAGUAGUAGAAUGAUAGUCCACGAUCCAAAUGGUUACGUUCUCAUCGAAUGA